AUGUCUGAUCUGAAGCAGUUACAAACAGGACACAACCCAUGGGCGGGCAUCGCCAACUCUGGUCCCAUCUCCAUCUUGUCUUACUGUGGGUCCUCCAUCUUAAUGACCGUCACCAACAAGUUUGUCGUUAACUUGGAAAACUUCAACAUGAACUUUGUCAUGCUGUUUGUUCAAUCUCUGGUUUGUACAUUGACUUUGAUCGUUUUGAAAGUUUUAGGUUAUGCUAAAUUCCGUCCAUUGAACAAGACUGACGCUAAGAACUGGUUCCCAAUUUCAGUCUUGUUGGUCGUCAUGAUCUACACUUCUUCCAAGGCUUUGCAAUUUUUGGCUGUCCCAAUUUACACCAUCUUCAAAAAUUUGACCAUUAUCUUAAUUGCUUACGGUGAAGUCUUAUUCUUUGGUGGAUCUGUUACUUCCAUGGAAUUGUCAUCUUUCUUAUUGAUGGUCCUAUCAUCUAUUGUUGCCACCUGGGGUGAUCAACAAGCUUUGGCUGCUAAGAAUCUUGCCGAUGAAGUCACAGGCGCCUCCGUGGCUUUAUUCAACCCAGGUUAUUUCUGGAUGUUCACCAAUUGUAUUUCAUCUGCAUUAUUUGUGUUAAUCAUGAGAAAGAGAAUUAAGUUGACCAACUUCAAAGAUUUCGAUACUAUGUUCUACAAUAACAUUUUAGCAUUGCCAAUCCUUUUGUUCUUCUCCUUCUGUGUGGAAGAUUGGUCCUCUGCUAAUUUGGCUACCAAUUUAUCUAAUGAUUCAUUGACUGCUAUGAUCAUCUCUGGUAUGGCCUCAGUCGGUAUUUCUUACUGUUCAGGUUGGUGUGUUCGUGUCACUUCAUCCACUACUUAUUCCAUGGUAGGUGCCUUGAACAAGUUACCAAUUGCCCUAUCAGGUUUGAUCUUCUUUGAUGCUCCAAGAAACUUCUUAUCCAUUUUCUCAAUCUUCUUAGGUUUCUUGUCUGGUAUUGUUUACGCUUUCGCCAAGCAAAAGAAGCAACAACAAGCUCCAUAG